AUGGAGCCCCCCGAUCCUGAAGGGCCCGACGCCUCGUCGCUCGGCCCCGUCUCUUCGAUACGCGCCCGCUUCGAGACCUUCGGCAAUGCUCCUCCUCCUCCUUCCGCCCCCAACCCUAGAGCUGUCACUCAGAAGACUCCCUCACGAUCCAUAUCUCCAGCCCCCAAACCUAACAGGUUGCGAGACUUCAAGCCCCCCGCCUCCGUCGCCGCUCCUGCGCCCACCACACCCGCCAUCCCUACUGUUCCCCUGAGGCCAAAGGACCGCCCGAAGCCUGCCGUCCCCGCCCCUACGUCUUCUACUUCUUCUCACGACAGCGCCGACAACUCCACCACGGCCACUGCCCCCUCCGCUCCCUCCGCCGCCGCCGCCGCCGCCGCCGCCGUCGCAGCCCCGCCUCUGCCUCUCCAUCCGUCUACGAGGCCCGCUCCUUCCUCGAAGCCGUCGCUGCCUAGCAACUCCCAGACAGCGCCCUCCGUCAACAUCCUGCCGCCCCAGUCGCCCCCCCGGCGCAAUGCUGGCCUCGUCGCCUCGCCCGUCGCCAUGUCGCCCGCCGAUCACGGCUUGAACCUGGGGCCGGCUGGCGCCUCGACGCCCGCCAAGUCCCCGCUCCGCUCGACCUCUCCCACAAUACUGCCGCCGCGAUACCCGCGCCAUGCAGCCGCCCCCUCACCUCCACCGCCCCGGAGGUCGGGCGAGAUACGACGCGAGCCGAAGCAGCCCCCUCCUCCGCCUGCCCCUCGCCGGGACAAGACCCUGACCCUCGAACCUCCGGCCGAGACCCACGGCGACGGGCCCCUCAUGCCGCAAAAGGGCCCUCAGCCGGACCACGGGAAUUCGCCCUUCAGCAGCCCUCCCGGCAGCCCUGGCGCUGGCGCCGACGACCGCGGCAACGACCCGCCGCCGCCCCAACUUCCUACUCGCCCGAGACCGCCCGCCGACGCGCACGCGCCUCAGCCCGUGCGCCAUUCGCUGUCGACCAAGAGGAACGGGCCGGGGACGAAUGCAUCUGCCGGCAACGGCCACGCCGCCCCCAAGGUGGACGACGGGUACGCCGGCACUCCGACCAAGUCGCACCCGCACGGCAGCGCCGCCGCAAGACCUCUAUCCGUGCAAUACCCGGCCUCGACACCCCCUCGCGCGGUCCGUCCUGUAUCCAUGAUGCCUCCGCACCAUCCGGGAACCCAGGCGCAGUCGGUGUCGCCCCCUAAGAGGGCCUCCUCCAACCCGCUAGCUCAGCAGCAGCCUUCCGCGACGCCGGCAAGGAGCCGGCAGCAAGCUGCGACGGAGCGUGCUACCGUGCAUGCCGGAGAAGUGCACGCCCAAGCUGUCGCGUCCGCCAAGGCCGAGACGACGGCACAGGCACAGCCGCCACCCGUAAAGACCGAGGCUCCGUGGCAGGUGGCCGCGUACCCCGACUGCUCCAGCACAAACCGCCGACCCCCCUAUAUGAAGAAGAGCGCCUGCGACAUCGCCACCAGGUACGACCCGCGCAUAUUCGACGUAUGCGGCGAGCUCGUCUGCACCAGCGGCCAGCUGACGCGGGUCUGGAAUCUGCUCGACGGCGAAAUGACCAUGAGCCUGUCGCACACCGAAGGCGUCAAGGUCACGUCGGUCGCCUUCAAGCCGGGCAUCGACGUGAUGCAGGAGGGCACCGCCGUCUGGCUCGGCACCAACACGGGCGAGCUGAUGGAGGUGGACCUGACGAUGCACACCAUCACCCCCGGCAGAGGCUCCGCGCACCAGAAGCGGCCGGUCAUCAGGAUCUUCCGCUACUACAACCAGCUGUGGACGCUGGACGACGCCGGCGUCCUGCUGGCCUGGGGCCCGGACGAGACGGGCCUGCCCAACGUCACGGGCUUCCCGCACCAGUCGUUCAAGGUGCCGCGGGAUCACACGUUUGUCAUGCCCAUCGGGCACGAGCUCUGGCACGCCACCGGAAAGGAGAUCCGCGUCUUCGCCCCGACGCUCGACGGGCGCUCGCAGUUCCAGGUGCUGAUCCGGCCGCUGGUGGCCGACGGUGCCGGGGACGUGACGUCUGGCACGACGGUCAAGACGCAGCCGGGAAAGGUCUUCUUCGGGCACUCGGACGGCAAGGUCAGCAUCUUCUCGGCGGAGACGUACGCCUGCAUCGGGGUGCUCAACGUCAGCACGUGGAAGGUCAACUCGCUGGUGGGCGUCGGCCACCGGAUCUGGGUGGGCUUCAACACGGGCAAGAUGUGCGUCUACGACAUCGGCGACGCCCCCUGGACGGUCCUCAAGGAGUGGCAGGCGCACAGCAACCCCAUCAUCGGCAUCAAGUCGGACCCGGCAGCGGCGUACAAGACCGGCCGGGUGCAGGUGGUGUCGAUGGGGGCGGACAACAAGAUCCGCACGUGGGACGGCCUGCUCGAGGACGACUGGGUCGAGGACGACAUGAAGUCCAAGGACGUCAGCUACUGCGACUUUGACGAGAUACGGGCGCUCGUCUUCACGUGGAACGCGGGCGCGUCGACCCCGCACAGCCUGCGGUACUCGGGCAACGACGGCGGCUUCUUCCCGGACCUGAUACAGUCGAGCGGGGCGCCCGACAUACUCAUCUUCGGCUUCCAGGAGCUGGUGGACCUCGAGGACAAGACGGCGACGGCCAAGCGGUUCCUCAAGGGCAAGAAGAAGGAGAGCCACGACCAGGAGAGCAUGUCGCACAAGUACCGCGACUGGAAGGACUUUCUGAUGAAGACGCUGGACGACUACAUGCCGGCGGGCGAGCUCUACCACCUGCUGCACACGGCGCCGAUGGUGGGGCUGUUCACGUGCGUGUUCGUCAAGUCGACCCUGCGCGACCGUAUCCGCAACGUCAGCGGGGCCGAGGUGAAGCGCGGCAUGGGCGGUCUGCACGGCAACAAGGGCGCGGUGGCGGUGCGGUUCCAGAUCGACGACACGUCGCUGUGCUUCGUCAACUGCCACCUGGCCGCGGGCCAGUCGCAGGCCAACGCACGGCACAACGACGUGGGCGAGAUCCUGGAGGCGAGCCUGUUCCCGGCGGAGCCGGACCCGGCGGCGCGGAUAGACAGCCUGUCGGGCGGCGGGGACGGGUCCCUGGUGGUGGACCACGAGCUGUGCAUCCUCAACGGCGACCUGAACUACCGCAUCGACACCAUGUCGCGCGACACGGUGGUCGGGGCCGUGAAGCAGGGCAACCUGGCUAAGCUGCUGGAGAGGGACCAGCUCCUGGUCGCGCGACGGCGCAACCCUACGUUCCGGCUCCGGGCGUUUGACGAGAUGCCCAUCACGUUCCCGCCGACGUACAAGUACGACGUCGGAACGGACCAGUACGACUCGAGCGAGAAGAAGCGCAGCCCGGCGUGGUGCGAUCGCAUCCUGUACCGGGGUCGGGGCCGGGUGCAGCAGCUCGACUACCGACGCCACGAGGUGUACGUGUCCGACCACAGACCGGUCACGGGUACCUUUAGGCUGUGGGUGAAGCGUGUGAGGGCCAGGGACAGGGCUGUGGCCUGGAUGGAGAGUCAGCAGAGUUUCGAGGAUGUGCGGCUGAGAGAGACGGCGAGAGAGGAAUUAGACUAUCUCAUGACUGUUAUCGGAUACGAUGAAGCGACGAGUAGACAACUAAUGAAGGACAAGUAG